AGCAACAGACACAACAGCGUUUAGUUAUUUUUGAAUCUUCGGAUGCAAUUCCUAAUUCGGCAACGUUGCAAACCACAGCAGACAGACCGUCGAAGUUAUCCCGAAUCCCAAUGACGCUCUCGCAUUCGUAGACUUUUCAGAAAGCUCUUUUAUUUUUAUACGUUUAUUAUUUACGUCAUUUAACUGAAGCGUUAUUCAAGACAUUUUCCAAGUUGAACCAUACAGUUGCGAUUUCUUAAUAAUAUAGCUAGUACAAGUUGCAAGAAGCUUAUUUUCCACCGUCUUUAAAAACAGUAGAAUGAUGGCUGCACUGGAUAUAAACGAAUCUAUGGACGAAGAUUUUACCGGCUUUGACGAAGAACCUGUAGUAGUCAAUACUGGUGGUACCCCUCUGAUACAGGAUAACAGAAUAGAUGAAACACCCGCUGAGACUGACAGUGACUCUGGAAAUUUGGUGAUAGCAGAACCUCACAAAAAGGUGGAAUCAAAGAGUGUUGAGAAAUCACCCAGGAAAAGGAAAUCCCGUGUUGAAGAUGUUACUCCUACAAGAACUCCAUCAAGUCGUGUGAGAGGACAAGGGUUAGCCUAUCUUUUAGCCAUGGAAAAAGGUGGCAGUAAGAAGCAGUUGGCUAAAGUUCAAGCUCAAUCAGAUCUGCAAGAUACGCCAAGCUCUUCCCAAUCUGUUGAUCCUCCAGCCCCAGUACAGACUGAGGCAGUUGUUGAACCUGAAGUAGAAAAGAAGAAAGUUGGAAAAGAAGUGAAAGAAAAUGCAAAAGUAAUAAAGGAAAAAGAACCAGCAAAGAUUUCAAAGGAAAAAGAAAUUCCACAAGCAGCGGCUUUGCCCACCACAAAUUCCCCUACUCCUGUAGUAAAAUCCAGUAAAAGUAAUGCAAGGAAGUCUUAUUCCGCUGUCAAUAUUUCAUCACCAUUAUUGAAAGAACCUUUUAAAGAUGGCUGGAGAAGAGAAGUUGUUUAUCGAGCCACAGUUGACCCUGGAACAAAAACACUGUGUGAUGUUUACUAUUACACACCUGAUGGGAAAAAGCUUAGAUCAGGAAGAGAAGUUUCUGAUUUUUUGGAGAAAGGAAACAGUACUUACACUGUUGAAAACUUUACAUUUUUCAAGGAACCUAUUGGUAUGGACUCUACACAAGAAAUAUUGCGUUACGCCAAAACACGACGGGAUGAUGGAGGGGGUGAGAAAUUGAUAUCUAAGAAGGAGAAAGCUCUUAAAGCCCGCGAAGAAGAAUUGCGGCGUAAUCUUCAGGAACUUGGAGAAGAUGUUGCAGCAAUUACUGGGCACACUCCUGUUGCUGUCGAACCAGAAAUUCCAGUGCCCGUUCCGGUUCCUACCCCCGCUGCUAGCAGCGCAACUGUUGCGGAAUCUGUUUCCCCUCAACAGCGUAAAAAGCGUGGAGGCAAAGUGGAGAAACAGCUCAAGAUUAAACUCUGGGGCAAAGGUCUAAGAAGCAAGGAGAAUGCCGAACCAACGCGAAAGGAAGAUACGACCGAGGGUGAGGAGGAUGCCGGAGUGACCUUGCCUGCCUUGCCUGGCAAAACCUCUCCCUCCCGCAAAGUGCCGGAAGAUAUCAGUCAUUUGUUUACUCCGCAUUCUGCCGUGGGAGCCAAAGGAGGAACGCGGUCUGCAACCCGCGGACAGAAAGCCACGUCCUCCGCCGCUGCUCCCGUAUCCGCAGGUGCAGGUCAGCAAUUGGAGUUGAUUAAUGGAAAGCGCUUCAUUUCGAUCGGCUCCAGUCCAGAAUCGGUUAGGCAUUCGCCUGCAAAUCACGUCACUGACGAUGUUUACGGCAAAAGAGCACUGGCGUCUCCUGGCCUGGCUCCAAAGCAAAGUCCCAAAAGAAUGAAGCUGGGAGCGACUCCGCUGCUACCUGCAACCGGUGCUGUGUACCCUUUUAGAGCCAAAGAAGAAGGAUUCGGGUUCUUUCUCACGGAACAUUUUAACAAUUUCGUCAGUUACGCGUAUCACGGCUUGUUGCACGUUUUUCGUUACUUGACCGUUCAGGAACUCAUGGCGGCAGCGGGUGUCUGCAAAUUGUGGAGAGAUCUGGCCCUGCAUCAUUCACAUUGGAGAUUGGUACGCUUGAAAAACUCGCGGAUUUACGAUUGGUCGCUGUUUGCCAGCCAUUUGCGCCGUGCUGGCACGCAACAUCUGGACAUGAGGAAAAUGCUAUUUGUCACGUCGACAGAAGAGACGUGGACAAAUCUAGAGCGAGCUGCUUCCAACCUUUCAGAGAUCCUUCGCAUUGAUUUAUGCAAAUGUCCGACAGAAGUACUGGAGUCCAUCGCCAAACAUUGCCUCCGACUCAAACACAUUGACGCUCAGUUUAUCAGUUCACCCAAUUUACGCCUUGAAUUGCUUGGGAAUUUGAAUCAAUUGGAAGUCCUCAAGAUUCGCUCCGUUUCCUGUUUAACCGUUGUCGAUGGAUUAGAAACAUUCGCCAAACUUAAAGAGCUCAAAUUCUUGAAUUUGACUACAUUGUCGAAUUUGAAAUCGGGAGAAUUACGCCAUUUGGCAGAGCUGACGCAUUUGGAGAGCCUAGAAAUUGGCGACUGUGUCCAGUGGACAGAAGAAAGUGACUAUAAAAUGAUUGGCCAGCUUUCCCACCUAAAACAUCUUCGAUUGGAGAAAGGCCCCCCUACCGGUGUUCUCCAAUUUCUUGAAAGUUCUUUCAACGAAAUGCCACAUUUGCAGCACUUGGAACUCAUCAAUUUCACCAUUGAUGGCCCCAUCGGUUCAUUGCACCUCAGCAGUUUGAAGCGGUUGCUCAUCAUUCCUUUCUACGAAACCGAGUCUGUUGACGUCAUCGUGCGCCACCUUUUCGACUGCGUCGCAUCGAUGCUCCAUUUACAGCAAUUGAGCUGGGUAGUGACAGAUGAAAUCCUGGACCAUUUAGAAGGCAAGCUACCCCUGGAAAUAAAAGAGGACGAUGCAACAGAAGGGAAGGAAAACGUGACGUUGGAUGAGUUGCAAGAUCUCCUACGCCAGCGGCUGCCUAACACAAAUGUGCAACUAUCACGACUCCCAGAAUAUGCCACAAAUCGUCACAGCCUCUCUGUAUCACAAGAAGAUUAACUAUUUACCCAGCAUCAAUUCCAUUUAUCUCAACUUCACACACACACUAUGGACGCGGCUUUCGUACUUUAGACCCCCUCCCCAUAUUUUGGCGUGUUUCCUGUUUGUGUAACUAUUUCGGUUAACUCUGUGUUAACUGAACCGCUGUCAAAUAACUUCUAGACAGUAUCCAAAUUGAAUUUGAAAAUGCCAAUAACUUUUUUUCGUUUCUUGAGUCACCGAAAAAUUCACUACUACUGUGUCGACUAAGAGUGAGAUAAGUUUAAUUAUUUAGCAAUGUCAUAAAUUUUCAAGAAUAAUUCCAGUUCUGAUGAUUAUCUGUAAAAGCUGAGGUUUAAUGGUCGUAUAUGCUCUUAAACUAAAUAAGUACACAUACACAUUUUUUCUAAUAAAA